AGGCUCCGCCCCCGGUCUCCCAUUCUCCCGGCUGCAGUGAUACAGAGCGGUGGAUGCUGUUGCCGCUGCGGCCGGUGUUGGGGCAGUGAUUGCUGCCGGUACCGGAGCCGGUGUCGGUGUCCUGCCCGGGGGGAUGCGGUUGCUGGCCGGGGCCGGGCUGUGCCUGGCGAUGGCCGCGCUGGCCCUGCUGGCGGUGGCUCUGUGCACCGAUCACUGGUACGAGACGGACGCCCGGAGACACCGGGAGCGAUGCUGGAAACCGGGCGGCAAACGGAACGACCCCGGAUACAUGUACACCCCGGGCCAGCAUCUCCCGCUGCGGGGGGCCCCCAGGAGCCGGGCCCCCAGGGGCGGGGAGCUCACACCCAGGGGGGUCCGCCUCAUCUCCAGGGUGGGGGACCCCCUCAUACCGGCCCGGGGGGCCCGAGAGAUCCCCCCACUCCGCCCCUACCUGGCCAUGGACUGCUCCCGCCGCUUCAACUCCACCGUGUCCGGGCUGUGGAGGAAAUGUCACCGGGAGGGCUUCGACACGGACACCGAGGGGUUAAUAGCCAGAGGAAUUGUUGAACGUUGCACUCCAGUGCGUUACCACUAUACUUCAUCUUCUCUGCCUCCCAACUUGCCCAUCAACGUCACAAAGACCAUCCGACAGGAUGAGUGGCAUGCUCUCCAUCUGAGAAGGAUGACUGCUGGCUUUAUCGGGAUGGCUGUUUCCAUUAUCCUUUUCGGGUGGUUAAUAGGAGUGCUGGGCUGUUGUAAGCGGCAUGAUCUAAUGCAGUAUGUGGCUGGGCUACUGUUCCUCAUGGGAGGAACUUGCUGCAUUAUCUCCCUGUGCACCUGUGUAGCAGGAAUAAAUUUCGAGCUUUCUCGCUACCCCCGCUCCGUAUAUGGAUUACCUGAAGACAUCAGCCAUGGGUACGGGUGGUCCAUGUUUUGUGCUUGGGGAGGCCUGGGACUGACCCUUCUGUCUGGGUUUCUUUGCACUCUGGCCCCAUCACUCAGUGCUUCCCAGUCUGCUGUACACAAACCUCGACAAGAGAAUGGGGCAGUGUGAUCUAUGGGAGAAGAAAAGAAGUUGACCACCCCAUCAAUCCCAAGAGGGGACAAAUUAAAAUAAACACUCACCAGACUGAGGCACUCGUGUCCUGUUGAGGAAGUUGUUCUGUUCAGCCUGUUUGUUUGGUCUUGUGAAAAAAAAAAUUGCAGAAGUUGGAACCUCGUGUUAGCCAGGUGACUUGUGCAACAGUACCGAUGGCACAUGAUGCUUGUCCAGGAGGGACUAUGGAACUCCAUUGGAAUUGUAACAAUCUCCAGAAGACAUUUAAGUUUAAAGCUCCUAGAUGAGAGAUGCCCAUGCCCAAUAUUGUGGGGCACGCAGGCAAUAAAAUCAGGAGUACACAAUUUUCUCCAAAGGUUGUCCCAUGUUGGUCUGCUAGACAAGCUUCUAAGCUUGUUUUACAAAGAAAGACUGAUGGGUGUGCAGCUGCAGCCAGUCAUUGGCACAAUGGUUCAGUAUUUGAGAAUUUUGUAUACAUAUUAUAUAAAUAUAUAUAUAUAUAUAUAUAGAAAGGCAGGUAACUGAUUUUUACAUGUUUUAAUACAGUCUAAAAAAAACCGCCUUACACAUCAUUAUACAGUUCCCUCUUCAGAAACAGAAAAAAAAUCAGUAUCAACUCUACACUCUCCCCUCCCCUCCCUGAGUUUAGUGCCUUGGCACACAGCAGGAGUCAGGUCAUCAUUAGACCCAGUCCAACCUCCUGCAGUGCCUCCUAGUAGGCAGUAGAAGCCUACCAAGCUCAGGCUCCACCAGAGGUCCUUCAAAGAUCAGCAAGGUCGUUAAAGUGGGUUCCACCGGCUGUAUAUGGCCAUGGUCCUUUUGAGGGAUGGGAGUUUGUGACGUACGGGUGGGAAGAGGGAAUUUUGUGGUUAGAGAGAACCUUUUUUUGAAGGUGAUGUCGUUGUACAUGUGGUUUCAUCACAUCUUAUAAAAGCACAUGAUUUUUUUAAAAUUAUUUUAAUUUAUUUAUUUUAGGGGCAGGGGAUGGAUUUUCCCUCUCUGUCUGCAGAACAUAUUAAAAGUGCUGUUUUGUAUCCAUUUCAGGCACAAUAAAGUCCACUGGGAAACCGGUGCCAAUUAAGUGUUUAGAUCCCCGACGAGGGGUGAAAUAAAUCAUACUUACUGACUGAGACUGACCUCUUUGUGUCUCAAGGGGCAUGAGAGCAGCAGUCUGCAGCCAUCAUGGACAAGCGGGAUAUUGAAUGUGGUGGUAUAUGUGGCCCAGUUAAAUCUAUUUACCUGUUUGUCCCUGCCCUAGUAACUGGGCUUAUAAUGUGACACAAAGCUGAAUGUGUAGAACUCUAGAAUUAAAGCGAUUUUUCUUUCAUUUGUUUUUUUUAUUUAUUUAUUAAAUUUACAUUCAGAAAACUGCCUAUAGUCUGAUUUUUGUAUUGUGUGGAAAGUGAUGGAAUUUGUGAAAAACUAUUUCACUUCUGCCUGGUGCAUUUGUUGUUCAAUGCAUAUAAAUCCACUCAAAUGACUUAAAAGGACACCCCAUGAAACCAAUAUAUAUUGGGGUUUUUUUUUAUGCUAAUUUGUACUUGUUAAUUUUGCACCCUAAGCCCAGUUUUUUAUUACACAGUGUUUACGUUUUUGCCGGAGGUUUCGUUCAUCAGACCUCUUCCGUUAACAAAAAAGGCUUUCAGUUUAACCACAACCACCAUAAACCUUUGUAACACCCUUAAAUGGGGUCUGUCACUGCUCUGGAAUUCACACCAUUGAAUAAAACUUUCAAAACCA